AGCGUCAGUGUUCUGUACGGGCCGAUAUGGAAGGCGGACCGGAAGAUAGUAAGACGAAACUUCCGGUCUGAACCAGCCGUGAGGUGGGCCAGUUGCGUAUUAGACCCAGUCUCUCUCUCUCUCGACUCCACGAUGCCGAAGAAGAAGACCGGAGCUCGCAAGAAGGCUGAAAGCCGAAAGGAGCGGGAGAAACAGAACCGAGCCAACAGAGAGCAAGUUGAUGUGGCGAAGCACCCAUGCAACAUGUCCAUGGACUGUGAUAAGUGUCUGAGACGACAGAAGAACCGGGCGUUCUGUUACUUCUGCUCAUCGGUGCAGAAGCUCCCCAUGUGCGCUCAGUGCGGUAAAACAAAGUGCAUGAAGUCUUCAGACUGUGUGAUCAAACACCCCGGUGUCCACAGCACCGGCAUGGGCAUGGUGGGAGCGAUCUGUGACUUCUGCGAGGCCUGGGUGUGCCAUGGAAGGAAGUGUCUGAGCACGCACGCCUGUUCCUGUCCUCUGUCCGAUGCAGACUGCAUCGAAUGCGACCGUAGCGUGUGGGAGCACGGAGGCCGCAUCUUCCGCUGCUCGUUCUGUCACAACUUCCUGUGCGAGGACGAUCAGUUCGAGCAUCAGGCCAGCUGCCAGGUCCUGGAGGCAGAGACUUUUAAAUGUGUUUCGUGCAACCGGCUUGGCCAGCACUCGUGUCUCAGAUGUAAGGCCUGCUUUUGUGACGAGCACGCUCGGAGCAAAGUGUUUAAGCAGGAGAAGGGCAAGGCGCCUCCGUGUCCUAAGUGCGGCCACCAAACGCAGGAGACUAAAGACCUCAGCAUGUCCACUCGGACUCAUAAGUUUGGCAGGCAAAGCGGCGCUGACGAUGACAGCUACGAUUACGGAGCGUCUGGAUACGAUUCCUACUGGAAAAACAUCGCUUCUGGAGGAGCCGCGGAUCAGGACGAGGACGACGUUGGGGAAGAUGACGAUUACGAAUAUGAGGAUGAUGAGGAGGAGGAUGACGAUGAUGAGGAGGAGGAAGAUGAAGACGAUGAAGAUGAGGCAGUGGAUUCACUGAACAACCUGAAGCUCGGAGUAAGCUCAGCAAGUGAAGACAAAUGAGGACAUUUAGGUUUAAAUUGGAUUAAUGAAUUCACAGCUAUUACAGUUCUGUUAUUAAAGCUGCUUCCCUACUUAAACUGUCAUCACGUUUGUGUACCGGAUUCAAAAGGGAGUUGUGAAGGUUGGAACAAGUGGGCUGUUGUUAAGCACUGAAGUUCUGGCACCUUUAAGUGGUUUUACAUGGCAUUUCUUGGUGGAAAUAAAAGCACAUCAUGCUGAG